GCCGGCCAAUCGACUGCUGAUUGGACACCCACCAAAGACAGAUGAAAGCUGCACCCAAUCCCAGAUCCCUUCGACUGGCUGAUGCGGAUGGCCCCUCGUUUGGAUUAGGGCUAGCGUGAGAGGACGGAGACGAAGGAAUUGUCGGUGGGGUUGCUGUGUUGUUUUCAUAUGUUUGUUUUAUAGCGCCAAGAACCGUUAGCUGGUGGCAGUUAGGAGAGCGAAUCCUGAGUGGAUGAAAUUCUUCAGGCGAAGCUUUCCCCCUCUUUGGGAGCCUUACUGUUGCACUUCUGCUUGUCACGCGGCUCUUCGAGGCCUUCGAGGUAGCGACCUUUCCCUUCAUACUGGUGGCAAGCCCUGUGAAGUGUUGAAAUGUGCUGUAGAAACACUGAGGAGUACCAGUAGCAUAGCAAAAUGGCCAUGUUAUGACAGAUCAAGAGUUGGGAAAGGGCUUACACACUUGACUUCAUCUCUCUUUAACUCCUGAGACAACAGCUCAGCUGUAUGAUGUAAUGUUGAAAGCUGAAAACUGAACCCAGUUUAUCUUCAAGUCUUGCUGCUGUCUGCUGAGUUCUUGAACUUGCUUGAAGCUAGCCAACUUAUUUUGCUUCUUCCCCCCAUCCCACAAAACUUGAUCAGUUUUUAAAUGUGUUGGUGGCAAGAUACUCUUUGUCUGCCUGAGGCAACAGACUAGCAAACAAGAGGAUGCUAGUUUCUUUGAUACUGUGUGCAGUCCUGCUGCUGGGAGGGAGUGAAACUCAGAAUGAUGAAUGGAUUGAUCCAACAGAUAUGCUGAAUUAUGAUGCAGCUUCAGGAACAAUGAGAAAGCCUGAUAAGGUGAAUCAAGAUGAUUCUGAAAACAAGAAAAUGCCAGAAAAGGUGGUAGAAGAAAAUAUUGUGGAUGUUUCCAGCUGCCAAAGAAAACUAGAUUCUCUAACUCAGAAGCUUGACGAAUAUAACAAGAAAGAUAAAGCCAAGUUAUAUGAAAGCAAUAGCAUACAUGUUUUUAAGAGACACUUGAAUAAGAUUUUAAUUGAAGCUGGAAGACUUGGACUUCCUGAUAUCACUGGAGAGGCGCAUUAUGAUGCUGAGAUCAUCCUUACAAAACAGACAUUAAAUGAAAUCAACAGGUUUCUUAAUGAAGAUGGCUGGAAAUCAGGUGCUUUAGAUGAUGCACUCAGUGAUAUUCUGAUUAAUUUUAGGCAUCAUGAUUAUGAAGCUUGGAAAUGGACGUUUGAGGACACAUUUGGAGUUGAUCCAUAUAAUGUCUUCAUGGUACUUUUGUGUCUAGUAUGCAUUUCAGUAAUUGUUGCUACAGAACUGUGGACACACAUUGGUUGGUUUACACAGCUAAAACGUGUUUUAUUCAUAAGUUUUCUCAUCAGUUUUGGGUGGAACUGGAUGUACUUAUAUAAGGUAGCCUUUGCUCAGCAUCAAGCUGAAGUGGCAAAAAUGGGAAAUUUUGAUAACGUGUGUGCUGAGAAGAUCCACUGGAGUGAUGGCCUAAUAGAGUGGUUUAGAAGCUCAAUGACAUUCCAAGAUGAUCCUUGUCAAAAGUACUAUGAAACCAUACUAGUAAAUCCUAUCUGGCUUGUUCCUCCAACAAAGGCAUUGGCUGUUACAUUCACCAAUUUUGUAACAGAGCCAUUGAAGCACAUAGGACAAGGAAUUGGUGAAUUUAUUAGAGCACUCAUGAAAGAGAUCCCAUUGUUGCUACAGGUUCCAGUGCUAGUCAUCAUAGCAGUGGCAAUUUUGAGUUUCUGCUAUGGGGCUGGAAGAUCAGUUACUGCACUAAGGCAGUUAACCUACCAGGACAAACAACUACCUCCUCCGCUUCCCCCAAGGAACAGAGAACUACAACAACAAAUACUACAUCGGCAACCAAAUGGUGCAGAUGAAAAUGGUGUCAGUAUGGUAGAAAAUAUGGGAAAUAUGCACUGCAUUGGCUGCAGCAAGAGAGGGCCUUAUGACAGGGGAGAUGCUUCAAUAAAGUGUUCAGAAGAAGUAAAUUCACAAAAAGAAAUAAAAAAGAACAGUGAAGACCAUCUUAAAGGAUUUUAUACCAAACCAAGUGAUCAGGCUGCUGACAGAAUAGAGAUGAAUAGCACAGAUCAAAGCCUGGAGGAAGAAAACUGUGUUGAACCAGACAGAUCUAGCCAUAUACAAGAACUCAGAAGAGGCAAUGGAGAUGAAAGAAAAUGUAGCCUUAAAGAGGACAGGAUUAUGAAGCAAGAAGCUCUGGAGCUAACAGGAUUUAAGAGGAAGGAGAGCAGCUCAUGUGAAUUAGAAGAACCCACAGAGAAGGUUACAGAAAGUUUGCGUUUCACUAAACAAAAUCUGAAGAACACUGCGUCUUGAUAAACCCUUCAUUUACAUCAGGGAAUGAUUUUUUGAAAUGCUUCUGCUAACAAAAAAGUGAUACUCUUGAAUCAGCUUUGUCACUUGUCAGUGCCUCAGUACUUCAUUGCAUAGUAGGAUAUUAGGCACAUUGUUAUUAAAAACCUGUAUUAUAUUUGUCUGGUAUCUUUGUAUUAGGUACAGGAGCUUCAACUCAUCAUAAAAGCAUCUUAAUGAGAAAAUCAUUCUAAAAUCUGGAAGUGACUCUCCUUUUAAGAUGCAUUAAAAUAGCUUUGUAUGGUAUGUACGGCUUUACCAAAUAUACACAACACAUUCUAAGGUUUUUGUAGUUGCUAUUUGCCAACAAAAUAAACUUUAACAAAAUA